AAUCCCCGCGCCUCCUGACCUGCCCCUCGGCCUGGGCCCACCCCGCGCUCCGGCGGCCCCACCCCGGCGGCGCCGCCCGCUUGCCCGCCCGCGCGUCCCUCCGUCCACCUGCAGCCGGCAGUCCCUCCGGCUGUCCGACCCACAGGCGCCGGCCGAGCCCUAGGCCUGGGCUCUCGCUACCCGGCGGAGGGAUUCCUGGCGGCUGAGGAGGCGGCGCUGAGCUUAAGAAGAGGCAGCGGCGGCGGCGGCGCGGCGGCGGCGGCGGUGGCGGCGGCGGCUCGGGCGGCAGCGCAUAAAGGGGCCGCCGCCGGGUGAUGCGGUGACCGCUGCGGCAAGCUCAGGAGCCGAGCGGGCCCCGGCCCUCCAUCGGUCCCGUCGGAGCCACGCUCCCGAACUCUCCCAUCUUCUCCGGCCGAUCCGCGAUCGCCGCGAGGCGGCCUCGCGCCCCCUCGCCCCUUCCCCGUCCCUCCCCUACCCCCGUCCCCGCCCCGGGGGCUGCCGCCACCCGCCUCCCACGAUGGCUCUGAAGAGAAUCCAUAAGGAAUUGAAUGAUCUGGCUCGGGAUCCCCCAGCACAGUGUUCAGCAGGUCCUGUUGGAGAUGAUAUGUUCCAUUGGCAGGCUACAAUAAUGGGGCCAAAUGACAGUGCCUAUCAGGGUGGAGUAUUUUUCUUGACAAUUCAUUUCCCAACAGAUUAUCCCUUCAAACCACCUAAGGUCGCAUUUACAACAAGAAUCUAUCAUCCAAAUAUUAACAGUAAUGGCAGCAUUUGUCUUGAUAUUCUACGGUCACAGUGGUCUCCAGCACUAACUAUUUCAAAAGUACUCUUGUCCAUCUGUUCUCUGUUGUGUGAUCCCAAUCCAGAUGAUCCUUUAGUGCCUGAGAUUGCUCGGAUCUACAAAACAGAUAGAGAAAAGUACAACAGAAUAGCUCGGGAAUGGACUCAGAAGUAUGCGAUGUAAUUAAAGAAAUUAUUGGAUAACCUCUACAAAUAAAAGAUAGGGGAACUCUGAAAGAGAAAGUCCUUUUGAUUUCCAUUUGACUGCUUUCUAUGAGCCCACGCCUCAUCUUCCCCCGUGCACAUGUUUACCUGAUACAGCAGUGCUGCGUGUUGUACAUACUCGGAACAACAAACUAGAAAUACUGUACUUCUGUACCAACAUUGCCUCCUAGCAGAGAAAUGUGUGUGUGUGACAAGCCAGUUCUCCAAACCUAACCUAGGUGUGAGAUUAAAAGCGUUCCUUAAUGAUUUAAGCUUGGAAAAUGGCAAGGUGAGGGGUGGUGGGGAUGGUGUGUGCUCAAAUGGGGAAGAAAAGCUCCACUGACCUAUAGGAGAGUGUGUUUAAGUGGAAUGUUUAAACAGUUAAGAAAAGCAAGGUGAAGAACACGAAGCUGUUUCUGUAUUCAUUUUAUUCGAAGGACCUGUCUUAGGUAAAAGUAUGACCAAACAGAUAAAACUUCACCCGCAUCCUGUAUUUUAAGGUCUAAGUUUAACUGGUCCACAUUUAAAUGGAUUGGAGCUAUUAGUACAUAAAGUGUGAUGGACUUGGUUCCCAACUAUUUUACAUCUCCCUGCCCUUCUACUUUCAUCCUUUCAGCCCCUUUUUCUCUUUUCCAUAUUCUUUGGUUUGUAUGUGGUUUCUCAUUUAAUACAUAGCUAAUAGCUCUUAUUUUUCUUAUGUUUUUAACUGCUUAGGUCUAUCUGGAUGUAAGGGUAAAAAUUCAUUUGAUGGAAAUACUUGUGUAUAUUUAAACACCCAAUUGCUCCUCUGGAGCUUGUACGUUCAAGAAUGAUUAAUCUGUGUAAUAAACUGAUUACUACAGUCAUUACAUAUAAUUUUGUGUGAAUAGGCUUUUUGAUUUUUUAAACUUUGAUUAGCAAAGAUUAGUGGUAGAUGUUCCCCACCCGAAAUGUUUUUAUUUCUACUGGUUUCAUUUCAAAAUCAUGAAACAAUUCCAGUUUACAUAGCAAAUAUGAGUAUUUUGAGAGUAAUUUUACUGAACAUGAUAAGCUUAAAAACAUUUCUAUGAAACUUAUAUGUGCAGUAUUCAAGGAACAUGACUGUUAACCUAAAUAAGAAAUUUGCUCUAUUAAUGAAACUGAGCUGCAUUUCACCAAAACCUUGUGACAUUCCCUUGGUACAUAGGACAUAAAACACAAAGGCAUUGCUAUUUGGUAAGUUAAGCUUCUGUGAUUGUGAUUGUACAAAAACAGCAUUGACCAAACCCGGGAAACAUGAGCACAAUCUUGUAUUGGAGAGUCUACAUAAUUACUUUGCACUAACAUUUGCAGGAUGUUCAUCCAAUUUUAAAUUGUACUGUAUGUGGCUUUUUGAACUCUUCCCUUGACUCUAGUAAAAUGUAGUGUAUAACAUGUAAACAACUGUGUUUGCCAGAAACCGUUCAUGUGAACUAGGCAAGUUACCCCUUUUUUCCCUCCUCCUAAUCUAAUUGUAAACCAGGCCAGCCUGAAGGCCAUAGCAGAUGCUCUCUAGCCAUCAGGUUCUUUUGAAUGCAUCUUUACACUCUUGCACAAAAAUUGAGGAAUAAAUGUCCACUGCUUUUGGUUUUAAACUUG